AUGCCGUUCGGUAACACCCACAACAAGCACAAGCUGAACUUCAAGCCGGAGGAGGAGUACCCGGACCUCAGCAAGCACAACAAUCACAUGGCCAAGGCGCUGACCCUCGAGCUGUACAAGAAGCUGCGGGACAAGGAGACGCCGUCCGGUUUCACUCUGGAUGACGUCAUCCAGACAGGUGUGGACAACCCAGGUCACCCCUUCAUCAUGACCGUGGGCUGUGUGGCUGGUGAUGAGGAGUCCUACAUGGUUUUCAAGGAACUCUUUGACCCCAUCAUCCAGGACCGGCACGGGGGCUACAAACCCACGGACAAGCACAAGACUGACCUCAACCAUGAGAACCUCAAGGGUGGAGACGAUCUGGACCCCAACUAUGUGCUCAGCAGCCGUGUCCGCACGGGCCGCAGCAUCAAGGGCUACGCACUGCCCCCCCACUGCUCCCGCGGCGAGCGCCGGGCCGUGGAGAAACUCUCUGUGGAAGCCCUCAACAGCCUGACGGGCGAGUUCAAGGGGAAAUACUACCCUCUGAAGAGCAUGACAGAGCAGGAGCAGCAGCAGCUCAUCGACGACCACUUCCUGUUCGACAAGCCCGUGUCCCCGCUGCUGCUGGCUUCAGGCAUGGCCCGAGACUGGCCCGAUGCCCGUGGCAUCUGGCACAAUGACAACAAGAGCUUCCUCGUGUGGGUGAACGAGGAGGACCACCUCCGAGUCAUCUCCAUGGAGAAGGGGGGCAACAUGAAGGAGGUUUUCCGCCGCUUCUGCGUGGGGCUGCAGAAGAUUGAGGAGAUAUUCAAGAAAGCCGGCCACCCGUUCAUGUGGAACGAGCACCUGGGCUACGUGCUCACCUGCCCAUCUAACCUGGGCACCGGGCUGCGUGGAGGCGUGCAUGUCAAGUUGGCGCACCUGAGCAAGCAUCCCAAGUUCGAGGAGAUCCUCACUCGCCUGCGCCUGCAGAAGCGAGGCACAGGUGGUGUGGACACGGCUGCCGUGGGCUCAGUGUUCGACGUGUCCAACGCCGACCGGCUGGGCUCGUCGGAGGUAGAACAGGUGCAGCUGGUGGUGGAUGGUGUGAAGCUCAUGGUGGAGAUGGAGAAGAAGCUGGAGAAGGGCCAGUCCAUCGACGACAUGAUCCCCGCUCAGAAGUAG